AUGCUUGGCUGGGACCUCUCUGACGCACAUCAAUGGCACAAGAAUUCGACGGACAGUUGGCUGCGUAGGAGCUGGCUUGCGCGAAAGCUACUUUUCAAUUGGACAGUGAGAAACCGAGAAACUAUUCGUCAAAGAUGUCAAGCUGGUAUGCCAAGAUGGUAUGGACAAACGGCUCCAAAUACAUACGAUAGCCUUGAAUAUUAUCUUCGUUUGGGUCCCGAUACAUUGUUCUUUAUUCUCAAUUAUAUGGCACUCGAGCUCAACUUCUUGCUGCAAAAGCCCUCAAGAAACUAUCUUGGCGCUUCCACACUAAAUAUUUGA